AAAAGCGGCCGUGUCCGCGAAUUUUUUAAAAAUGGAAAAACAGCAAUAUAGAUCGAUUGAAUUCUUCCCUUUGGAGGGAAAUUGCGCAUUGAUAACAAACUUAGAGUUGGAUGCUGCAUCGAGACUCCUCUUCUCCAAUGGCUGCAGUCAUAAAUUGUUUUAAUGAGCUUCGACGCCGUCGCCCGUCGGUAUUUGAUAACCAACAGCGAAAAUUACUACAACGAAGAAUAAAGUAGAAUCCGUAGGCCCGAUGGAUGCAGCGUUUGCUCUCUCCCUCCAUCAAGCGCAACCGUAAAUCACUUCGCGGCACAAAGAGAGAAAUUCUGCAUCGUUUCGGAUAAACACACGAAACCGAACGCCACCAAGAACAUCAGAAACGGUUGACAACCCAGCCAUGGAGUUCUACUGUGCAUACCUCCAGAAAAAGUAUUCUUCAGACAGGUUAAGUAAGUUGGAGCAUCGCUUGUCAAGUCUAUCGGACUAAACAGAGACUAUUUUGCAAAAAUUUUAAUUUUUGUGUUGGAGGCUAAAGUCUUAUCGGGCCUCCUCGCAUGUAUAAAGUUUUUCGUCAUUAAAGCACAAACGCGCAUGCUUGAAACUAAUAUCGAAAUAUUGGUCUUAUAUGGUUGUUUGUAUAUUUUGAAUACAUGUAUUCCAACACAUGAGUAUAUAAAUAUACACAUAUUUGACCGGUCAUACAAUGUUUCGUUGGUCAGGUAAUAGUUUUAUAGGAGUUCAGCAGAGAAACGAAAUAGUUAUUUUAGUUAUUUGUGCUGUGUAUUACUAGUAUUAAAUCAGAAGAAAAUUAUUAGUUACGUAAAUUAUGUACGUAUAUUGUUAUUCUUUCUCGUUACUUUCCAUAUAAUAAAACCUCCCAACUUAUAUGAAUCGAAUGCAAGUUUAUUAGCUGCAAAUUAACUUUUACAAAAACUUUAUUUACAAUGGAGAAAUUGAAUGAAUACGAGGGUUUUUCUGGUCGACUACAUCACUGGCGCGAGUCUUUUAAAGAACUAAUUUUAACACAAAGACAAAGGAAUUCGACAAACAUUUUUGAAUUUUUUAAGAAUGCUGCGAGUAAAAAUUUUAGUGGAAAUAUUAGUGCUACCCAGGACUUUUCACAUAUACACAGACAUAAAACUCGCAUGGAGUUGGUAAGGAUUUCUGCAGCUGUUAUGGGUAUUGAAUUCUCGUAUGCCGCUGAAACUGCCUUCGUUUCACCAACUUUACUAAGAAUUGGUAUAGACCAUCAACAUAUGACUUUAGUAUGGGCUUUAUCACCUUUGGUAGGGUUUAUUGCGUGCCCUUUCUUAGGCUCGAUGAGCGAUCGCUGUAAUCUAAAUUUGGGCCGGAGAAGACCUUUCAUAAUUUUGCUGUCAAUUGGAGUUAUUUUAGGUCUUCUUUUAAUACCUAAUGGUGAACAAUUGGGAUAUUGUUUUGGUGAUGAUUACCAAGAAUUACACUCUUCUAUAAUUAAUGUAACAAAUAAAACUUCAAAUAUGGUUUCACAUCGUGUGACUUCUUCGCAAAAUGAAAUACAUUCCAUACCACAGAAUAAACAUCCUUGGGGAAUCUUUUUUACUGUUUUGGGUACAGUCUUAUUAGACUUUGACGCCGAUGCAUGCCAAAGCCCAGCUAGAGCAUAUUUGUUGGACAUAUGCCUUCCAGAGGAUCAUGUUAAAGGGCUUUCUACUUUUACAAUAAUGGCGGGCCUAGGCGGAUUUAUGGGGUACUCAAUGGGAGCCGUCAAUUGGGAUGCAACAAUAAUUGGUCAAAAAUUAGGAGGUCAUAUAAAAACAGUGUUCACUUUGGUUACUUUCAUAUUCACUUUUUGCGUAACACUAACAAUAACAAGCUUUAAAGAAAUUCCAUUAUGGGUUAUAACGGAUUAUACAAUUGACAAACAUCAAAGAGUAAACACCACUAAUGAGGACAUGGAAGCAUAUAGUGCAGUAAAUAAGUUAACGUGUAACGCUGAGGAGAUAAAUGAUAUAUCGGAAAUAGAAGAUCGUUUCACAAACCGAAAGUGUUCAAAGGGAUCGAUUGCAUUUAAAGAAAGGGAAGAAAAUGUGAUUUACGAAACAAAUAUUACACAAGAUAGCUUGGCGGCAUCGAAAUUGAGUAUUAAUAACACAACUCCCACUCAGACCGUUGAAAAUUUAUCACACUACUUAUACACUAUUAUAUAUAUGCCACAUUCUUUGCGAAUGAUUUGCUUAACAAACUUGUUCUGCUGGAUGGCUCAUGUCUGCUACUCUCUAUAUUUUACGGACUUUGUUGGUGAAGCUGUAUAUAUGGGCGACCCAAAGGGUCUUGAAGGCAGCAACUCACAAAUAAAAUACGAAGAAGGAGUACGCUUUGGUUGCUGGGGAAUGGCUAUGUAUUCAUUAUCAUGCGCUUGCUAUUCGUUGGUGAUAGAAAAGUUAAUUAAAAAAUUAAGCGCUAAAGUGGUAUACGUAGGCGGAUUGUUGUUCUAUAGCAUGGGAAUGGCAUUGAUGGCUUUAAGUCGAGCUAAAUUGAGUGUGAUUGUGUUUAGUUGGACAGCAGGAGUAAUGUAUUCCACAUUAUUUACUAUGCCUUACUUACUAGUGGCACACUACCACUCUAUGGGAACCUUUGAACUUGACGGAACUGGUACACUCAUUUAAGCUCCAUGCUCGUGGGUUGGGCACAGAUAUUGCCGUUGUUAGCAGCAUGGUAUUUCUUGCGCAGUUUAUUCUCUCCAUUUGCAUGGGUACUAUAGUACGGUUAUCUGGAACAACGACUGCCGUAGUUGGCAUGGCGUUUUAAGCUUUUGUGGAGCAAUAGCUGCCACUAAAAUUAUGUAUUUAGAUUUAUAAAGGCUAUAACCCCAGAACCAAUGUCCUAUUCUGCACAUAUUCUCAUGAUGAGAAAAUUGUUCAUUAUAAGUCGGUGAAUAAAUAAUCGCAUUUUAAAUUAUUG